CAUGCCUAGAGAUGGAAGGAGAGUAACUGUAGUAACAAGUGGCAUUACAGGCAUUAUCAUGUGUCUGCAGCAGAGGAGGCUGCAGUUUCAGCACCGCAGCUGAAGAACAGCAUUUCAGGGCCUUUGUUCUUCAUUAACUCUGUUGCGACAGUGCCACCUGCCCAACGGGAUGAUCACUGAAGUGCACAACUUAUGGUUUUAAAGGUUUAUUCUACUCAAAAUACCACUUUGCAUCCACACACUAAUAGUUUUAAAGGUUUAUCCCAUUCAGACAAUACUUUCUAAUGAACCGGUUAUGGGUUUAAAGGCUUACUCCACCCAAAAUACCACUUUGUGUCCCCUAAUUAAUAGUUUUACAGGUUAAUUCCAUAAAAAUAAUACCUUCUAACAAACGAGUUACGGAUUCAAAGGUUAAUUCCAUUCAAAAUACCACUUUCGGUCCAAGUACAUAUAGUUUUAAAGGUUUAAGCCACCCAAACAGCAGUUUAUAACAAAGAGGCUAUGGGUUUAACGCUUUAUUCCACUCAAAAUAUCACUUUCUGUCCAAACACUAAUAGCUUUAAAGGUCUAUAGGUCUAUAUACAAAUAUAUUACUUCCUAAUGAACAAGUUAUGGUUGUAAAGAUUUUCUCCAUCCAAAAUGUUACUUUGUCUACAUGUAUUAAUGGUUUUACAGGUUUAUUUCACUCAGAUCAUACUCUGUUACAAACAUGUUAUCUUUGUAAAACACCCAAAUGAUACUUUCUAACAACUGAGUUAUGGUUUUAAAGGUUUACUUCACUCAAAACACUACUAUAUGUCCAAGUACUUAUAGUUUUAAAGGUUCAGUCAACUCAAACAGUUCUUUCUAACACACAGGUUAUGGUCUAAAAAAAUUUCACUACUCCAAAUACUACUUUCUAGUAAUAGCCUACUAGUUAUGAUUUUUAAGGUUUAUUCAACCCAAAAUACUACUGUCUACAAGCACUAAUAGUUUUAAAGGUUUAUCCCACCCAAACAGUAUUUUGUAAUGCACAAAUUAUGGGUUUAAAGUCUCAUUCCAAGCAAAAUACCACUUUCUGUCCACACACUAAUAGUUUGAAAGGUUUAUUCCAACCAAAUAACACUUUAUAACAAACAAGUUAAGGUUUUAAAGAUUUAUUUCACUCAAAAUAUUACUUGCAAACAAGUUAAGGUUGUAAAGGUUUUUUUCACUCAAAAUGCUACUUGCUGUCCAAGUACUUACAAUUUUAAAAGAUUUAUUCCACUCCAACAUGUACAUAAUAAUUUAUUUGUGUAUUUUUGCUUGUGUCUGUGGCAGGGUAGCUCGCCGUUGGAGAUAGCAAGCCACUGCCAUGUUAUCUUACUCAAAAAAAGUUAAUGCAAAACAAAGUUCCGAGGAAUAGGGUCCUACAACUGUGGUCCUGAAAGUGCAACCUCCUGCGCUACUCGUUUUAGUAUUUAUUUACUUCAGUGCUAGCUUUAGCCGAAGUUAGCUGCAACGUUCAAGAGCAGCAUAACAGUCCAAACUAACUAAAACAACUUUUUAUAAAUUUCUGUAGGUGAAAAGACGCAACAUUCUGCAUUAAGAAUUCAAAACACUUUGAUUAGAUACGGUUAUUACCUGAAAAUGUGUGAUUAUCUUCUCCCAUUUGCUUCUGUCCAUUGCUAUGGUAACAUGACGGCGAGCGGGAGAUGAACUGCAACUUUUAAUUUACUUCCGGGGUGAACCUCAAAAAUAAAAAGCAUGUCCUUGUGAAAUAUAAUAGUAUACGCAAAUUGUUUAUUUUUCACAUUGAUAUAGCCCUGUAAACUAAAAGUUUCUUGACACGUGAAAAAAGAAAACAGUAUCCAGCUGAGUAAAACCGUUGCCACGAAUACAGUGUUAUAUUUUGGAAAACGCUAGCGGAAGUGCCGCGAUGUUUGUAUGCUGUCUGAAAUGUUGCUGCUCGUGACAUGCCACUUUUUCCUUAAAGUUUUUCGGCACGGCUUGUGGAAAUGAGCAGUGGUUCAAACCAGAGGACUUUAUUCGAGACUUGGGGUGCCUCCGUUUCCCAAAACAGAGAUGCUCAACCGAAAAAAGAUGCCAAAAACGCCGCAGGACGGCGCAGAACAGCCCCAGGUUGCAGUUCUCAGGUAGCUAGCACACAUCCUCCCCGAAAUCCUCUAUGGACUGAAUUUGGUCAGAGGUCCACAUGUACAUCAGCAGAAACCCCAGUGAGGACAGAUGACCUGAUACCUGAGUAUGAAGAUGAAGAUGAUGAUGAUGAUCUCAUGGUGGUCGCUGUCUAUGAAGCUGAAAGGAGCCUGCAGUUGGAUAAUGCUAACUUUUUUCAAGAUGACAACCCUACAGGAGCAGAAAACAUUGGCCUUUCUCCAGUCCCAUCAGGUGGUCAGACAUACCCAGACUUCCCAGGCUUUGACGGCUCCUCAGCUAAGGUGUGGAUCUACCCCACCAACUAUCCCAUUAGGGAGUACCAGCUGAAGAUAUCAGAGGCUGCCCUGUUUCGGAACACACUGGUGUGCCUUCCCACUGGUCUGGGGAAAACCUUUAUAGCCUCUGUGGUUAUGUACAACUUCUACCGCUGGUAUCCAUCUGGGAAGAUUGUGUUCAUGGCCCCCACUAAGCCUCUGGUGGCCCAGCAGAUUGAGGCGUGUUAUAAAGUGAUGGGAAUCCCACAGGCUCACAUGGCUGAGCUGACAGGCAGCACAGCAGCAAAGCAGAGACAAGAGGUGUGGAGGUCCAAGCGUGUCUUCUUCCUCACCCCUCAGGUGAUGGCUAACGAUCUGUCCAGAGACACGUGCCCAGCCCAGCAGGUCAAGUGUGUGGUGAUCGAUGAAGCACACAAGGCACUGGGCAACCAUGCUUACUGUCAGGUGAUCAGACAGCUUGGCAGUCAGACUCUGCAAUUCCGCAUCCUGGCUCUUAGUGCCACUCCAGGUGGAGAUACAAAGUCCGUGCAGUCGGUGAUCUCUAAUCUGCUCAUCUCCCACAUUGAGCUGCGUUCAGAGGAGAGUCCAGACAUCCAGGCUCAUUCCCACCAGCGCAGUGUGGACAAAGUAGUGGUUCCUCUGGGUGAGGCCCUUUCAGCUCACCAGGCUUGUUACCUGCAGGUGCUGGAGAAAUUCAUGUCUCGUCUCGUCCAGAACCGUGUGAUGGCCCACAAAGACCUGCGAACCCUCAGCAAAUACCAGCUCAUUCUGGCCAGGGAUCAGUUUCGCAAGAACCCACCACCGUACAUCAAGGGUGGACAACAAGGAAUGCUGGAGGGCGACUUUGCCCUUUGCAUCAGCCUGUACCACGGCUACGAGCUGCUGAUGCAGAUGGGUCUCCGGUCGCUCUUCUUUUACAUCCAGGGAAUCAUGGACGGAUCCAGAGAGAUGUCCAGGGCCAAGAAUGAACUGCAGAGGACGCCCACGUUUAUGGACCUUUACCAUAAGAUGGAAGCAAUGUUUGUGAAGCCAUCUGCUGAUCCAGAUGAGCCAUUCAUUUACAGUCACCCCAAACUGCAGAAACUGGAGGAGGUUGUGCUGCAACAUUUCAGACUGUGGGCUGAGAGCUCAGCUGGCAAUAAUGGUUCAGGUCUUCAGGAAGUCAGCACACGUGUGAUGAUCUUUUCAUCGUUUCGGGAGAGCGUGCAGGAGAUCGCGGCCAUGUUGAACCGACACGCUCCACUUAUCAGGAUCAUGACCUUUAUGGGCCAAGCGUCAGCUGGGAAAGGGGUCAAAGGCUUCACCCAAAAGGAGCAACUGGAGGUGGUUCACAGGUUCAGACAGGGAGGCUUCAACACAUUGGUGUCGACUUGUGUGGGGGAGGAGGGGCUGGAUAUCGGAGAGGUGGACCUCAUUGUUUGCUUCGAUGCGCAGAAGAAUCCCAUCCGCCUGGUGCAGCGAAUGGGACGUACCGGACGUAAGCGGCAGGGACGCAUCGUGGUCAUCCUGGCUGAGGGACGGGAGGAGAGGACCUACAAUCAGAGCCAGAGCAACAAGCGCAGUGUGUACAAGUCCAUCACCGAGAACAAAAGUGGCUUCCACAUGUACCCCAACAGCCCCCGCAUGCUGCCUGACGGAGUGAAGCCCAAACUCCAUAAAAUGCACAUUACUUGUGGCCAAUUUGAUCACCGGGAGAACAGCAGGCGAUCCAUCAGGGGUCGACGGUCCCACUCUGAGGGACGGGCCUCGCUCAUCCACCCUCAAAACCUGAUUCAACAGCAGAGUGCAACGUCCGAUGGGUUUCUGAGCAGCGCAGAAUAUUCCCUGUGGGUGUCCACCAUGAAGCUAGAGGAACAUGAAGCUCAUCCAACCCUGAGGCAGUCGCACUUCAUGUCCAUACCCAGUGACCCGCCACCUCAGGAGGAAAUUUCUGAAGGCAAACCACCGGCCAGGGAGCUGUCUUUGUGGGAAUGGAGACACUGGCAGCACAAAGCGCUUCCCUCUCAUGUUGUGGAUCAUUCCCUCCGCUGUAACCACUUCAUUAAGGUGAUGGAGCUCAUAGAUGACAUGAAAGAGGAAAAUGAGGGGGAAUGCCGUUACGAAAAGGAGCUCCUUCCUUACCUCCACAAGGGCGACGCUGUGAAGAGCAGACAAAAGAAACCAAAGGCCGCUAAGAUUUGCACAAAAACGACCAACAUUAAAUCUAAACCAUCUCACUCGUCUUGGUCUGAACUGGAAUAUAUUGAUGAGGAAACAGAUGCACAGACAGCGGGGUUGUUUUCCACGUUGGCCAUGACGAAACAAAGGCUACCUGUUAAUCAUAUCAAUGAGGUACCUGAUGAUGCCAUUAAAGAUCCCUCAAGACCUGAUGGAGUUUGUUCUCCAUCAAACAGCCCAGUUGCUGAUAUCGACAAUGACUGUAUCAUUGUCAAUGAGGAUGUCGUGGAAGAUGAGCAUCCUCUAAAUUUAGACAGUAUUUCCAAGCUGGUUACUAAAAAUGAUGAAGAUGUUGAACUUCAGGCAAUGUUCUACCAUCCCAAAUGGGAUUCAGCACCACGGUGCUGCUCUGACAAACUCCUCCCAGCGAGAGAUGAGAGUCUGAAGGUCAUCCUGGCCAACGUGGCUGAACUGCUGACACGAUCUCCUCCGUCAAUGACUGACGUUUUAGAGGCCGCUCCGUCACUUCCUCCCUCUCCUCAGCUGCACCGUCAGCCAUUCCUAGUCAGCUUUAGCUUGGAUGUGGAUGACGAGGACGAUGAUGAUGAGGUGGUGAUGAUGAGAGAUGCUGACAGUGCAGCCCCCAGGCCAGAGUCAGAGGGCAGUAAACUCUCUUCCAAUUGGCCUGGUCAGGAGGAGGAACCUGUCAGUGUCGCGGCCGACAGUCCGACUUGGGAUGAGGUUUUUGGGGAUGAAGAAGCAAACGACGAUAAUGAUAUGAGGGAAGACAACAAGGAGACAGAUGAUAUGCGUUAUGACUUCACGGAGAAGCAGAAUGAUGUGGAAGCUGAAGAAAACUUGAAAAUGAGUGAGAACAGAUUGGAUGAUGUGAGGGAUGCGGAAAUGCCAUGUUUGACAGAUGGUGGCCUGAAAGGUGAUGGCGCCUCUCGGUGCAGCUCCCAUAUGGAUGAGAGCAUAGAUUUAUUUGAGGAUGAUGAAGCCUUUCUGCAGAUGACCAUUCCGGAUAUCCCCACUCCUGAGAAUGGCAACACACCAAGGACAUCCCCCAGUGCUGAUGACAUUCUUAAUAGCACGGAAAAUAUGUCUAAAACUGUGCACAUGAACACCCCAACAAAUCAGGAAUUAUCAUGCACAAAGCACAUGUCUCCUACUUCAAAUGCCAAGCUGAUAACUCAUGACACAAACACCCACAACACUACAAAACUUAACAGACCGACACCAGCACAAGCUAAACAUGUAACAGACAAUUCAGUGACAGCAGUUAAACAGGAUUUUAAAUCUCCUACAAUGCAAGAAAGUACUGAGCCAUUUGACAGCGUGCAUGACUUCUUUUCUGUCAACUUUGACCUCGGCUAUUCACUGGAAGACUCCGAGGAUGAAAGGGAAGAAGAAGUCGCUCCUGCCCUGUGUAUGCCGAUAUCUCCACAGCCUAAAAAGCAGACUGACUCCAGUGUUGGUUUACCGGCUGCUUCUACCUCUUCUACCCCUUAUAACAGCUUCACUAGGCAGAGAAUAUCUGAAGUGUGCAGUGAAUCCAAGUUAUCCACGCCACAAAUGCUAUCAAAGCACAGGAUGUCCAACAGUGGUGCACUCCCAUCCCCGAUCACAACACUAGGAGCAAGGCGAACACUCGUACCUGGUGUCAGCAGGCCUUCGUGCUCCUACUUGAAACGUAGACAACCAGAAGGUGGCGGUGCUGUAGCAGUAGGGCGACCCAGUCAGGAAAAUGCUUCAUGUGAGGAAUCUCCUCAUCCAGAUCACAACAGUGACAGUGAAGAUGAGGUUGUGCUUCAUAAAAGAAGACAUCUGAACAAGGUCAACCCCCUGUCGUCCCCAGAAGUGUCCAAAAUCACCAGUGAUGUGGAUUCCCCGGUGGUGGUGAAAAGAAAAGCUGCUGCUGCACUCAACACUUCUGAUGAGACAGAGCAUGAAGCUGUUUCCGAUGACGACUUCCAGAAUCAGUCCGUAUUCACGCGCAGAACCACGCCAAAAGGAGCUCAGAGGCAACCAGUCAAACAGACCAAAGCUAAGCACACCAUAUACCGAAAAGGGCGUCAGUUCCUGGAUGAGGAAGCGCAGCUGUCGGAGGAUGAGGAGGGGGCAGACGUUUCAUCAGAUGAAGAAGACGGCGAGGAACAGAAUGAGUCUCUGGACGGCUUCGUGGUCGACAACACACACGCCUCGCAGGGACUUAAUGACUCGGAGAUGCAGGCGCAUUACCUGAAGUCAGUGAGAAGCCCUGCAAUCCAAGGCAAAUUCAAAAUGUCCUACAGAAACCGUCACAACAUGGAUAUCUUUUCCCAAGUGCCUGAGAUGGAUGAGACAUAUGCAGAGGACAGCUUUGUGGUGGGCAGCGAUGUGGAGGAGCUGGACAACAGCGAGGAGGAGGCCGAAGACGUUGAACUGAUGCCCGAGGCCUCGUACGUGGACGGGAGAAGGCAGUACGCCACCAGACGCCGUGUUUUCCUACACAAAGCCAGAGCAAGAACCGGAGCAGACUCUCCACCCGAGAAGAAAGGUGGAACGAAAACCAAACGCACCCGGAUCUUACGCAUUAACGAUUCUAGUGAGGAUGAAACAGAAGAAGUUGGUAGAGAGAAGAAGAGUCUCCCAACAGGAGGAGGUGUUGCUCCCAGUUCCUCUGCCUCUGCAACUAUUGCAUCCAAGGUCUCAUUGUUGAGCAAAGCACAGAGGAGCUCAGUUAGCGAAGAACAGAAAAAUGAAAGGUGUCGCCAGAGGUUAGAAAAUCAACAUCUCCUCUCUGAUGAGCUGGACUUUAUGGAGCCACAGUCAAAGAAACAACCCCAGACAGUCCCUGCUGCUUCUUCACCACCUCAAAACUCCACUGUGCAGGAUUUGUCAGUCACCGAGCCCCCUGCUUCUUCCGGGUCUGUUAGCAUUCUGGUGGACAGCACCUGCAUCAGCAGUGGGGUGGACCUGAUAACCAGCCUGCGUCAGCGACAUGCAGCCACCGUCCACGUCUGCUCGCUGGACGGCAGCUAUUUCAUUGUCAGCAACCGCAUGGCUGUGGAGAGGCACAGCCAAUCAGAUUUGGCCGCCAUGCAGAACCGGAAGGAACUGGCCAAGAGAGUGAACAGAUUGCAGGGGCUGUUUGAACGUGUGUGCCUGAUAGUGGAGAAGGACCGAACCAAGAAAGGUGAGGCGGCGCGUCCAUUUCAGCAAACACGUUUGUACGACGCCACUUUGGCAGCACUGGUGCGUGCGGGGGUUCGCCUGCUGUGGAGCGACGGUGCUGAGGAGAGCGCAGGCCUGCUGGCCGACCUGGCACGACUGGAGCAACGGAAGGGUCAGGGCAUCGCUGUACCACUGGAAGUCAAAGGGCAGCACAGAGAGGAGACCCUGCAGGUGUAUCUGAGCAUGCCUUCAGUCAGCUACGUCCACGCCCUCAACAUGACUAAUAACUUCGGGUCAGUCGCCGAACUAGUACACAGCCCGAUUGAAGCCAUACAGAAAGGAGGCUGUAUGAGUCGAUCCAGAGCCGAGGAGGUGUAUCGCUUCCUGCGCUACUCCUGUGACAUAUUCCUCGCAUCAAACACAGGAAAAAACAGCUAGCAGACAGAUGGAGAAACGCUAUAGGAAUUCCCAAAUACAUCUCUAUCAUUCAGCCCUUGUGAUCUUUCCUUUCAGUGCAUCUUUACCUCUCUCUCUGCCUUUCUUGUUUUCUUUGUUUACCAGGAAGCAGAGGACACCAGUCAUUAUGCUGCAUCAGAGUGCCUGCGGUCUAAUAUUGCUGCUGAAGAGCCUCAUCAUUUUUUGCACAAGAAACUGACAUUGCACACCACUUUGACUUGAAAUAAUAACAGGGGUUUCUUGAUAGAAAUAUAAAGCAUAUUAUUUGGCUUAUGCAGAUUUUUUUGAAGUCAUUUGGGUGACUUUCCUUUAAGACUGACAGUGAUCCAGUCAGACCAAAGAUAAUAAGGACUCAAUCAUAUUUAAUUCACUUUAAUAACUUAUUGUAAAAAAUAAUGGAUUCUUUAGUUUUCAACUGUAGCCUGAAUAUAUGUCAAAAUUGUUUAAUAAAAAAAUUUUUUUUUA